UGAUGCGCUCCUGCCCGAGUCCUCUGCCUCGGCGGCGGCACUACGCGAAAUUGAUCCAGCCCACCGGGAGCUCAACCUUUUGCCUCGAGGGAAUUGGGGGGGGAGAUGGGGAAAGCUACUGGAAGAAAAGCACCGCUGUGGCUGAGAGCGAAAUUUCAAAGACUGCUAUUUAAACUGGGCUGUUACAUUCAAAAAAACUGCGGGAAAUUUUUAGUGGUUGGCCUUCUGAUAUUCGGGGCUUUUGCGGUAGGAUUAAGAGCAGCCAAUCUGGAGACCAAUGUGGAGGAACUCUGGGUAGAAGUUGGUGGGCGAGUGAGUCGGGAGCUAAGUUACACACGCCAGAAGAUUGGAGAAGAGGCCAUGUUUAAUCCUCAACUCAUGAUUCAGACACCACAAGAAGAGUCUGCUAAUGUACUAACAACAGAAGCACUCAGACAGCACCUUGAUUCUGCACUACAAGCCAGCAAGAUACAUGUAUAUAUGUACAACAGACAAUGGAAAUUGGAACACUUAUGUCACAAAUCAGGGGAACCCAUCACAGAAACAGGUUAUAUGGACAAGAUUAUAGAACAUCUUUACCCUUGUUUAAUUAUCACACCACUGGACUGCUUCUGGGAGGGUGCAAAGUUACAGUCUGGGACUGCAUAUCUACCAGGAAAACCCCAUUUGCAGUGGACCAACUUUGAUCCCUUAGAAUUCUUAGAAGAGCUGAAGAAGAUAAACUCCCAAGUAGAUACCUGGGAGGAAAUGCUCAAUAAGGCAGAAGUUGGCCAUGGGUAUAUGGAUCGACCUUGCCUGAACCCCGAUGAUCCUGACUGUCCUAUUACAGCCCCCAACAAAAAUUCAACCAAACCUCUUGAUGUCGCCCUUGCUUUAAGUGGUGGAUGCUAUGGGCUGUCAAAAAAAUACAUGCAUUGGCAGGAAGAACUGAUUGUUGGUGGCACUGUUAAAAAUGGUACUGGGAAACUUGUCAGUGCUCAGGCUUUACAGACCAUGUUUCAGCUAAUGACUCCAAAGCAAAUGUAUGAGCACUUCAAGGGUUACGACUAUGUUUCACACAUCAACUGGAAUGAGGACAAAGCAGCUGCGAUCCUGGAAGCAUGGCAGAGGAUGUAUGUUGAGGUUGCUCAUCAAAGUCUUGCGCAAAAUUCUACUCAGAAGGUGCUUUCCUUUACGACAACGACUCUGGAGGACAUCCUAAAGUCAUUUUCUGAUGUCAGCGUCAUCAGAGUUGCUAGCGGCUAUCUAUUAAUGCUUGCCUACGCCUGCUUAACCAUGCUGAGGUGGGACUGUGCUAAAUCCCAGGGCGCUGUGGGGCUGGCAGGAGUCUUGUUGGUUGCCCUCUCAGUAGCUGCAGGAUUGGGACUGUGUUCCUUGAUUGGGAUUUCCUUUAACGCUGCCACAACUCAGGUUUUACCCUUUCUUGCUCUAGGAGUUGGGGUAGAUGAUGUCUUCCUUUUGGCACAUGCAUUCAGUGAAACUGGGCAGAAUAAGAGAAUUCCAUUUGAGGAUAGAACAGGGGAAUGUCUGAAACGCACAGGUGCAAGUGUGGCCCUUACAUCUAUUAGCAAUGUUACUGCAUUCUUCAUGGCCGCCUUAAUUCCCAUUCCAGCUCUACGGGCAUUUUCACUCCAAGCUGCUGUGGUUGUAGUAUUUAACUUUGCCAUGGUUCUGUUAAUUUUUCCUGCUAUUUUGAGUAUGGAUCUGUACCGCCGGGAAGAUCGGAGGCUGGAUAUAUUCUGCUGUUUUACAAGCCCCUGUGUCAGCAGAGUCAUUCAAAUUGAACCUCAAGCCUAUGCAGAGGCCGGUGAUAACUUACGCUACAGCCCUCCACCACCCUACAGCGGCCCCAGUUUUGCACACGAAACUCAAAUCACAAUGCAGUCUACAGUCCAGCUGCGGACUGAAUACGACCCACACACUCAGGUUUAUUAUACCACAGCAGAACCUCGUUCAGAAAUAUCGGUACAACCAGUCACCGUGCCACAAGAUAACCUCAGCUGCCAGAGCCCAGAAAGCACAAGUUCAACCAGGGAUCUCCUUUCCCAGUUCUCCGAAACUACACUGCAUUGCCUUGAGCCUCCCUGUACUAAAUGGACACUCUCCUCUUUUGCUGAAAAGCAGUAUGCGCCACUCCUGUUAAAACCAAAAGCAAAGAUUGUGGUCAUUUUCCUUUUUGUGGGCUUACUUGGCCUCAGUCUUUAUGGAACUACCUGUGUGAGAGAUGGAUUGGAUCUCACAGACAUUGUGCCACGGGAAACACGAGAAUAUGAGUUCAUUGCAGCCCAGUUCAAAUACUUCUCAUUCUACCAUAUGUACAUUGUUACCCAGAAAGCAGAUUAUCCCAACAUCCAACAUUUACUUUAUGAACUUCACAGAAGUUUCAGCAAUGUGACCUAUGUUUUAUUGGAAGAAAACAAGCAGCUUCCUAAAAUGUGGUUGCACUAUUUUAGAGACUGGCUGCAAGGUCUUCAGGAGGCUUUUGACAAAGACUGGAAAUCUGGGAAGAUCACACUUAACAGUUACAAAAAUGGAUCUGAAGAUGCUGUUUUGGCUUACAAACUUCUAGUUCAGACAAUUUCAAACAUCCGAGAUAAACCCAUUAAUAUGAGCCAGUUGGCUAAACAGCGCUUGGUGGAUGGAGAUGGAAUCAUUAACCCAAAGGCUUUCUACAUUUACCUAACAGCCUGGGUUAGCAACGAUCCUGUGGCAUAUGCUGCCUCUCAAGCCAACAUCCGGCCCCACCGUCCAGAAUGGGUCCAUGAUAAAGCAGACUAUAUGCCAGUAACCAUCCCAGAAGCUGAGCCUAUUGAAUAUGCUCAAUUUCCUUUCUACCUCAAUGGACUGCGUGAUACCUCUGAUUUUGUGGAAGCUAUAGAGAAAGUGAGAGCAAUCUGCAAUAAUUACACUAGCCUUGGGAUUCCCAGUUAUCCAAACGGGUAUCCAUUUCUCUUUUGGGAACAAUAUAUAAGCCUUCGUCAUUGGCUCCUCUUGUCCAUUAGUGUGGUUCUGGCCUGCACAUUUCUGGUGUGUGCCCUCAUUCUUCUGAACCCCUGGACAGCUGGGAUCAUUGUGGUUGUACUGGCUCUUAUGACAGUGGAACUCUUUGGCAUGAUGGGUCUAAUUGGAAUAAAGCUAAGUGCGGUACCUGUUGUCAUCCUGAUCGCAUCUGUUGGAAUUGGAGUGGAAUUCACGGUUCAUAUUGCUUUGGCAUUUCUAACAGCAAUAGGAGACAAAAAUCGUAGGACUGUCCUUGCAUUAGAGCACAUGUUUGCACCUGUGUUGGAUGGAGCUGUGUCUACACUACUUGGUGUAUUAAUGCUUGCAGGAUCUGAAUUUGACUUUAUUGUCAGGUAUUUCUUUGCUGUUUUGGCAAUUUUAACAAUCUUAGGUGCUUUGAAUGGAUUGGUGCUGCUUCCUGUUCUCCUUUCCUUAUUUGGACCAUAUCCUGAGGUUUCUCCAGCUGAUGGAAGGAGCAGACUACCUACCCCUUCUUCUGAGCCUCCCCCAAGCAUUGUGCGGUUUGCUGUUCCACCAGCUCAUGGUCAAAAUGGUUCAGAUACAUCUGAUUCUGAGUACAGUUCUCAGACAACAGUAUCAGGAAUCAGUGAGGAACUACAUCAGUAUGAGGACUCCCAGAGAACUGGACCCCCAGUCCAUCAAGUCAUUGUUGAAGCCACUGAAAAUCCAGUAUUCGCCAAAUCCACAGUGAUCCAACCAGAAACAAACAAUUAUCCAUCCAGCCCAAAGCUGCAAACUAAUCAAGAGCCUGGAAUCCAGCAAACAUGGCAUAAAAGCAAGAAAUCCAAAAGAGAGCCAAGGGAAGGACUUCAGCCACCCCCUUACCGGCCACGUAGAGAUGCUUUUGAAACUUUUGCCAAAGGGCAUUCCUGUCCUAGUAAUAGGGAUUGCUCUGGUCAGAGAGCUCGUUCUCAGAACAUCAGAAAUCCAGCCUUCACUGCCACAGGCUCUUCUGUGCCACCAUGCUGCCAGCCUAUCACUACUGUGACUGCCUCUGCUUCAGUUACUGUAGCUGUACAUCCUGCUGGGCAUAGCCACAGUCCUCAUGGAGGAAGCUUUCCAGCCUAUGAGAGGCACCAUGAAACCGAGCAUGGACAAUUUGAGGAUCCUCACGUGCCAUUUAAUGUCCGGUGUGAGAGGAGGAACUCUAAAGUAGAAAUCAUAGAAUUGCAAGAUGUUGAAUGUGAAGAAAGAACUCAUGGUGAGGGGUCAGAUUAAGGGAAAUAACUGAAGCAAAGAAGAGGCCAAAGAUGGGAGACCUCCUCUUUCCAAAAAUGCUUGAAGAGAAACUGCUUUGAGUAAAUGGAAAAGGACAGUACUGCACCAGGACAAAUAUUUCCCCUUACUGUAAUCUAUUGUAAUAUUUUGUUAAUUAUUUCUAUAAAUAUUUAAAAGAUGUACACAUCUGUAAUAUACGAGAAACUGUGUAAAGUAGUAUAAUCUGGAGUUGUGUUAACUCCUGUUUAACAGAGUGGGGACUGUUGUUUGUACUCUGUACUUACUGUACGUUGAUCUCUAUGCCACAACUAAACUUAAUCUAGUCAUAAAUUUCAGCAUAUGUUGCUGCUGCUUAAAUAUUGUAUGAUUUACAUGUAUAAUUCUAUGCAAAUAUUGCUAAUGUAUUAGGAUUUUUUGUGUAAAGGUUCAUUUAUAUAUAUGUGUGUAUGAGAGAGUGUUAAACUAUUUUAAAAUUUCCAUAUCACAGCCCUGUGGUAGUAUGAAAUACUUCUGUUAACUUUCAAACACGCUAUGCGUGAUAAUUUUUCCUUUUCUGUUUUUUCCUUAAUGAGCAGAUAUGAAGAGCAGUGUGUUUAACAAUGAUGACUGAAGAAGGCAUAGCUGUGUGGUUUGUGUACUGUAACUGUUUUGUGGAGAACAGAUUAUUGUGAACUUCUAACAUAUGCCCUGCUGAAAUGAAUGUAGUGCUGAAAGUAUGUGACUUACCUAUAAUUCUCAUUUGUAAUUAAUGGCUCACGUGCAAGAGAUUUGGCCAGAAAAUUACCUGCUAUAUAAUUCUUUUUGCC